AUGUCUUCUUUUUCGAACAAAUUCCACGGGAAGGUAGCUGUUGUUACUGCAUCUACAGAAGGGAUUGGUUUUGCCAUUGCCAAGCGAUUGGCAGAAGAUGGUGCCAGUGUUAUGAUAAGUAGUCGUAAGCAGGAAAAUGUUGACACAGCAUUGGCUAAGUUGAAAUCUGAAAAUCUGACAAAAGUUGCUGGAGUUGUUUGUCAUGUCGGUAAAGAAGAUCAUAGAAACAAAAUGAUACAGGAGACACUGAGAAGGUUUGGAGGGAUUGAUAUUCUGGUGUCAAAUGCUGCAUGCAGUCCCAUGUUUGGACCAGUUUUAGAAAUAUUUGAUAUUAAUGUGAAAGCAACAUUUCUAUUGAUCAAAGAAAUUGUUCCACAUAUCGAGAAGCGUGGUGGUGGUAAUAUUGUAAUGAUAUCUUCUCUCUCUGGUUAUACACCAUUUCAGAUGAUAGGGGCCUAUGGAGUCAGCAAGACAGCACUGCUAGGUUUAACUAAAGCACUUGUCCCAGAAUGCAGUGAGAAAAACAUCCGAGUAAAUUGUAUAGCACCAGGACUUAUUCAGACCCGAUUUAGUGAAAUGACAUGGAAGAACCCAUCCAUCAGAAAAAAUGUUGAGGCUCUUAUUCCUAUGAGUAGAAUUGGACAGCCAUCUGAGUGUGCCGGGGUUGUUUCUUUUCUAUGUUCUGAUGACGCUUCCUUCAUUAGCGGAGAAACUAUCAUCAUGAGUGGUGGGAUUGCACCUAGACUUUAA